CGUGCCUUGUUGGUGGAUAGUAAUAUAUUAAGUACAGUUUUGCUAACAUGCUGUUUCUAGUGCUGCUACUUCAUGUCGGUCUAACGUUGGGGUUUAACUAUUUUGAAACACACAUCGACCAACCGAAUAGAAACGCGCGCAAUGCUUUAAGUUUGGCUGCCUACAAGUGGCCCGAUGGCAUCGUUCCUUAUGUGUUCCAUGAAGAUGAAUGUGACUUAGAUUAUAGAGCCAGAAUCCUGGAUUCCAUGAACGUUAUCCAGCAAUCGAGUUGUGUGCAUUUUAUUCCGAAAACCGAUGACCAGCUGGAGCAUAUCCGUUUCCGCAAAUCGAGUCUCGGGUGUGGUUCAUCUAUCGGUUAUCGACCAGGGCAAUCGGAACCGUUGGAUGUGGUCUAUGAUGACUUUUGUCUUAGUUUACCGGGAGCGAUCCAACACGAACUGCUGCACGUGUUGGGACUGUUUCACGAGCACACACGUCCCGAUCGCGAUGAUUAUGUCGAAAUACUGUGGGAUAAUAUUGAACCAGAGUUUCGGAAAAAUUUCGCCAAGGGGAGCUACGACUAUAUGGAAACGUUCGAUCUGCCUUAUGAUUAUAAUAGCGUUAUGCACUAUCCCAGGUAUGCAUUCGCUCGACCAGGAACGUCUGUGACAAUGAUAUCUCGGAUGGAUCCAGAUACCGAGCUUGGCCAAGUAGAAGGUGCAACAAUUUUGGAUUUAGAAAAAGUGCGGCUCAUGUACGAUUGCAUAGUUAUAAUGAAUAAAUAAUAAUAAAUUAAUCAAACUAAAAAAAGGUCAAAAGCAAUAGAUCACUUCCAGUUUACAACUAUUUUAAUACAGGAAUGUUGAAAAAUAUAAAAAUAUAGCAGGGCACUUUGAUGAACUCAGUAUAUAACAAGAUACGUACAAACAAAAAAGCAUAAUACAGUUAACGUGUUUUAAAUAUACUUUCGAAGAGGCUUAAUAAAUGUAGAAAUAGUACGUUUUUGAAAAUGCCUUUUAAAUGAGAGGCAAUAGAUAAUCUACAGGUUUCACAUUCGGGACUUCAUCUUAUCCAGCAGCAACUGGAGGGCAUGUUUUUGAGAUUCCAUCUGUGUAACAUCAGCCAGAUGUUCGGU